AUGACUCACCAGGUGGAAGGGGUGACUUGGAUGAAAUCCAUGGAAGAUAGUGAGUGGAAGGGAGGAAUUCUUGCGGAUGACAUGGGGUUAGGGAAGACCACACAAGCCCUCUCGCUCGUCAAAUCACGAAUUUGCCCCGAUGCGCGGACGCUACCGACUCUCAUCGUUACUCCCGCGGGAUUGAUCCACCAGUGGGAGCGUGAGACCGAGAACAUCUUUGGUUCAGGCCAGCGUGUCUUUGUGUACUAUCGGCGGAAAGGCCGGCUGACCUUUCAGGAUCUAUGUCAAUACCAUGUCGUUUUAACUACCUACGGGACCCUCUGUUCCGAGUUGAAGCAGAAACCCUACGACUCACCGAUCUUUGGAGACGGCAGGGCGUGGCAACGCAUCAUUCUGGAUGAGGCACAAUGCAUUAAAAACGCUAGAUCAAAGACUGCCAUGGCCUGUUGCGAAGUCGCGGCCACCUAUAGAUGGUGUCUUAGCGGAACACCACUAAUGAACCACCUGGGGGAGCUCUACUCGUUAUUGAAAUUCUUGAGGAUCCAACCUUACGUUAAUACCGACAGCUUCAAUAGUGUAAGUCCGAUAGGAGAGAUCGUAACUUUAACAUGCCUUUGCAUCCUACUAAUAUGGUUGAAGAUUCUCAAAUCGGAGUCUAUCGGUAGAGGGAAUGACGCUGAGACUGCGAGAGACAUGCAGCUGCAGGGUUUUCUAAAGACCAUCAUGCUGCGACGAACAAAGUCGACGAUCCUCAACGGGAGACCGAUCGUGGAGCUUCCUUCGGUAACUAUAGAGGACGUAUAUGUGGCCCUCACGGAGGAAGAGCGAUGCACCUAUGCUGUCCUGGAAAGCUUUACACAGCGCCAUGUGCAACGGUAUCUUAACAAUGGAGGAGAACAGCGGAAAAUUCCUAAUGUGCUGAGCUUGUUACAAUACCUCCGCCAGGCUUGCUGCCAUAUACUUCUCCUUUCCGGUGCAGCACUUACCGCUCUUCAAUCAUCAAGGAGCGAGGAGCACUUGGCGGCAAACGCAUUAUGCCUUCCCGAGGAGGUCGUCACUCGUCUGAGAGAUAACGAGACUAUAUUUCAAUGCCCUGUCUGUUUAGAGAGAGCAUAUAGCCCUAUUAUUUUCUCGCCAUGCGGACACAGUGUCUGUCUGGCGUGCUUUGGGAAGAUGUGCUCCACAACUGCGCCGGAGGGAGCAAGUACCGAAGUGCCCGUGGGGUUUCGCUGCCACAGCUGUCGCGUGACCGUUGAUUUACAAAAAGUGACAGACUAUAGCUCUUUCGUGCUGAGUCACAAUUUCUCGUCGUCCAACCAAGGCAGUUCAACGCUCUUUCCUUCGUCGCUCAAAGCGCUCCUUGGACUGAACGACGAGCGUGACGAAGACGAUGAAGAUAGCGGCAGUGGGAUGGACAUUGGCUUGGAGGCUUGCCGCACUGACCACGUUAUUCCUCCCCUUCGGUACGGGGUGGCUCCGUCUGAGAUGAGCAGCGCUGGCAAGCAAAGCUCUGCAGCGAUGAGAAAGCAAGUUUGGGAGAACCACGAAGCGAGGGUGGCAUAUGGACAUGCCUUACCAAGGAAGUGGGUGAACAGCUCGAAGAUUGAAAAAGCUGCGGAGAUCAUAAAGGCAAUCAGAGACCAAGGAACUGGAGACAAGGUUAUUGUCUUUAGUCAUUUCACUGCCCUCCUAGAUCUCAUUGAGGUCCCUAUCGCGAGGAGCGGCUGGAAAUACCGUCGGUACGACGGACGUAUGACUCCGGCAGAGCGCGGCUCUGCAAUUUCAAGUUUCGCCUCGCAGCCAGACUGUUUGGUCCUACUGGUGUCCCUCAAGGCUGGAAAUGCAGGAUUGAAUCUCACAUGUGCAUCCAACGUCAUUAUUAUGGAGCCCUCGUGGAACCCGUACAUCGAGGAGCAAGCGAUCGGUCGAGUGCAUAGAAUUGGUCAAGAAAGGCAUGUUCGUGUCUACCGGCUUCUGGUAGCAGACACGAUAGAGAUACGCAUUCUCGAACUCCAGGAGAAGAAGCGAAAGCUAGUAAGAGGUUUCUCGAACGGCGCCGUCAUGUUGGGCACUGAUAACCUGAUCAGGGGAGAUAUUGCUUAUAUUUUUGUAAGUGAAAAUUGA